UUGGCAAUACCGAGCAUUCUGGUGUCAACGGUUGUCAUUUUACUUUCAUCUGUAAUUCCGAAAGUUUCUUUUGUUUUGUCAAAGUUUUUCGUGUAAUAUUAUAGAAAAAUGGAAAAUCCGGAAGAACUAUUACAAAGUCUCGAGGAAUUUUCAAAAUUAAAACCACAUGAUAUUCCUAGAGAAUUAGAAGAGUAUCUUUGUUUUGUUGCAAAAACAGGAGAUCCUGUAUACCAGUGGGGAGCAAUUAAAACAUUGUUUAGAGAAAAACUUAUAAACGUUAUUACCGAGUUUUAUGAAUCCUGUGCUUCAAUGGAAAUUCAGGCAUGUCCUAAUGUCGAAAUAUUCAACUAUGAUUCCAUGAAGAAUUUUAUUUUGGAAAAGUUGGAUACUUUUGUUUCUGCACCAUUCACUGUUCAAAGAAUAUGCGAGCUUUUAACCACUCCAAGAAAAGAAUAUAAUAGAAUAGACAAAUACAUGAGGGCUUUAGAAAAAAACAUACUAGUUGUAAGUACCACCGAACCUGGAGGUCGACAAAAUACCAAGAACGGAGAGGGUGCUAUGAAUGGAAUUGACUCAGAACAUAUUCCAGAGUCCAGCCAUUGUAAUAAUGAUAUUAAUGUCGAAGAGAUGGAUGAUGCUACAUCUUGGCAAAAUGGUAAUCCGGCAAGUGAAAUAAUUGAAUCUACUUUAAAUGUCAGUGAUUCCAAGAACAUAACUGAGGAAAUUGUUUCUUCAGAAAAUAAGGAGCCUGAAUCUUCUACAAUAGACACUGUUAUAACCUGCCAACCUUCAGAAGAACCUACAUCUGCUGAAGAAUUGUUUGUCUCAAUAAAGUUAGAAACUGAGUGUAAAACUGCAGUGGAGUCUGAAACAAUAUUGACAGAACCUGUUUCUAAUAUGCCAGAAAAUUUACAAAUAAGUUUGGAACCAGAAACUUUAUCUGAAGAAACAAAACCAGAGAAUGCUGAUGUUCCCAAUGAAAAUACCCAGGAGGCUAAAAAUGAAACUAAUGAAGCUGAAAGUAAGGAAGACAAUCAAGUAAAAGAUGAAGACAGAAUUAUUUUAACCUCCACUGAUUCUGGAAUAGAAAAUAUUUCACCAGAAUCAAGCACUUCUUCCCCAGAAAAUUUACAAACUGAAUUGGAAACAACUACUGAAAAGCCACCCGAACAGUUGGAAACUUCUUCUGAAAAUUUAGAACCUGUAACUUCAGAUAUUGAACCAAACAGCAAUACAAAUCAACUUCCAGAAAAGAAUGUUAAUGAAGCAGUAAACUCAGAAUAUAAAAAAGUUAAAAAAGUAAUUGAUGAAAAUCCACUAUGUGAAAUUGUCAAAGAUGGAGGAGAAUCAAAAAAAUUAUCUUCCUUUGUUGAAGAAAAAAAAGAGACAAUAGAAGCUAAUAAACCUGAACAAAUUGAAUCUAUUGAAACAUUGACUGAAGAAAAACCUUUAGAAUAUAAUCCUGAACCUGCCAAGGAAGAAGUCCAAGAAGAAACAAAGAAUGUUGAAGAAAAGGAAACUCCAAUGGACGUUGAUAGUUCCAUCGAUAAAAUUGAAGAGAGUGGUGAUAAAUUGGAUGAUGUUUAGGAUUUUCAAAUUUUUGUGCUGAAAACAAGAUAAAAUUAUAUACUUCAGCAUUUGUUAAACCUAAUGUUCAUUUGAAAUCCAUAGUAUGCUAAAUUUAAAAUAUGUAUAAUAUUGUUUUUUUAAAAUUACUCUAAACAUCCAGUAUAGCUAAUGACAAUGAGAUAUUCUUAGAGGAUGUAAGUGUAUUGAAAUUUAGAUUUAAUUUUUUAAAUUUGUAUCUAAUUUUAAAUGUUUUUAUUUUUAAAGAACUGAUUAAAGAUUAA